AUGUCGUUCCUCAAGGUGUCUGGAACCGCUAUCGUCGAUGGCCAAGGUAAUGAAGUUGUCUUACGAGGCGCCGGACUUGGAGGCUGGAUGACGAUGGAGAACUUCAUCACUGGCUAUCCUGGCUGCGAGUUUCAAAUUCGUGACGCCCUUGCGGAAACCAUUGGGAAGGAGAAGUCAGAAUACUUCUUUGACAAGUUCCUUGAGUAUUUCUUCGCUGAGGACGAUGCCAAGUUCUUCAAGUCUCUUGGGCUUAACUGUAUUCGGAUCGCCGUCAGCUACCGUCACUUUGAAGACGAUACAAAUCCCAGGGUCCUCAAAAAAGAUGGUUUUCGACAUCUUGACCGAGCCAUCGAGGCUUGCGCUAAACAUGGGAUAUACACUAUAAUUGACAUGCACACUGCCCCGGGUGGUCAGAAUGGCGGUUGGCACUGCGAUUCUGCUUGCCAUAUCGCAGACUUUUGGAGGCACAAGGACUUUCAGGACAGAUUUGUAUGGUUGUGGACCGAAGUUGCUCGGCACUAUGCCACCAACCCAUGGAUCGCUGGCUAUAACCUCAUGAACGAGCCAGCUGAUCCCAAAGGCGCAGGUCUUAUUCAAGUCUACGACAGGCUGUAUGCAGCGAUUCGGCCUGUGGACCCGCACCAUAUCAUAUUCCUCGAUGGAAAUACGUAUGCUAUCGAUUUCUCUGCAUUCCCAGACAAUGCAAAGGAGCGUUGGUCUAACAAUGCUUACGCAAUCCACGACUACGCCAUAUACGGGUUCCCGAAAACGCCAGAACCGUAUAGACGCUCACCGGAGCAGAUACAGAAGCUGGAGGAUGUCUACAAGCGUAAAAGAGCGUGGAUGGACGAGCGAGGUUUGUGCGUAUGGAACGGCGAAUGGGGGCCGGUAUAUGCUCGCCGAGAGUAUGACGGUGAUCAGACGGACGACAUCAACGAGGGGCGGUACAACGUCCUCAAGGACCAGCUUGAAAUUUACCACAAGGAUCGACUUAGCUGGUCUAUCUGGCUGUGCAAAGACAUUGGGUACCAAGGCAUGGUGUACGUCUCGAAAGAGACGCCGUAUAUGAAACGCUUCGAGAAGUUCCUCGCUCGGAAGUUCCGCCUCGCAGUCGACGCGUGGGGUACAAAUGACCAACAUGUCAAACACAUCUACCAGCCCAUACUAGAGCUCGUCGAGCGGGAAAUUCCAGAAGCAAACAAGCACCUGUAUCCUCCGAUUUGGAGCGUUGAGAAUAGGGUUGCGCGACUCUCAAGGACAAUGCUUGUCGCGGAGUUCAUGGUCCAGGAGUGGGCGGACACACUCAAGGGGCUCUCGGAGAAGGAGCUGGAUGAAGUUGCGGCCAGUUUCAAGUUUGAAAAUUGCAUGAAGAGGGAAGGGCUAAACAAGGCAUUGACGGAUCAUGCGUCGCUUUACUAGGUUGAGCAGGUAAUGUCGCUCGGACGAUGGGCUGAAUAGAACCAGCCAUGGUCUGUAUAGCACC